CGGAUGGCUUGGCAGUGCCACGGCUGUUGGCAAGCCCACAAGCCUGAGUCCAGGGGGAGCUCGUGGAGCCGAGCGCCUGCCGCCGCCGCCGCCCCCUUCCCGCCCGGCCAUCCCCUCGCGGACCUGUGCGCCGGCGCUUCCUCGGAGGCGCCUGUCCUGCCGGCUGACUUCUCCUCCUCCUCCUCGGGGGCUUCUCACGGCCGCCUUUCUCUCCCCCCCCCCCCCCAUUGGUCGGGGAUGUGUCUAUUUACAUCAGCCCCGAACUUCUCCCAGGAACAGCGUGACUCUAGGUUAUGGGCAAGUCAGAAAGUCAGAUGGAUAUAACUGAAAUGAACUCUGCAAAACAAAAGAAAAAACUGCGAUGGAGUGCACUGGAAAUAGGGCUUGCCGUUGUAGUAGCUCUCCUAGCUAUCGUGGCCAUCACUAUGAUCAUUCUGUAUGCAACCUACGAUGAUGGUAUUUGCAAAACUUCAGAUUGUAUAAAAUCAGCUGCUCGAAUUAUUGAAAACAUGGAUACUACUUCAGAGCCUUGCACAAACUUUUACCAGUAUGCCUGUGGAGGAUGGUUAAAGAAGAACAUCAUUCCAGAGACAAGUUCCCGUUAUAGUAACUUUGACAUUUUGAGAGAUGAACUCGAAGUUGUGUUGAAAGAUGUCCUUGAGAAGGAAAACAGUAGUGAUAUAGAGGCUGUUAAGAAAGCAAAAACACUCUACAAAUCUUGCAUAAAUGAAAGUGCUAUUGAUAGCAGAGGAGGGAAACCACUCAUCGACAUAUUGCCAACUAUCUCUGAUUGGCCUGUUGCAUCAGAAAACUGGGACGUCGAUUAUGGCACCUCAUGGAAUGCUGAGACAUCUAUCGCAAAUCUAACCUCGCAAUAUGGAAAAAAGGUCAUCAUUAGCCUGUUUGUUGGCACGGAUGAUAAAAACUCCACACAGCAUAUAAUUCAUAUUGAUCAGCCUGGACUUGGGCUGCCCUCCCGUGAUUACUAUGAAUGCACUGGAGUCUACACAGAGGCAUGUUCAGCCUAUGUUGAUUUCAUGAUUUCUGUAGCAAAGCUGAUCCGCCAGGAAAGAAACUUUACUAUCAAUGAGACCCAAAUUUCCAUAGAAAUGAUGAGAGUUAUGGAUCUGGAAAAAGAAAUUGCAAAUGCUACCACCAAAGCAGAUGACAGAAAUGACCCACUUCUACUAUACAAUAAAAUGACACUCAACAAUGUCCAAAAGAACUUUUCUUUGGAAGUCAAUCACCAGCAAUUCAACUGGUCAACAUUCAUAAAUGACAUAAUGGCAACUGUGCAAAUUCCUAUUCAAGGAACUGAAGAUGUGAUUGUUUAUGCUCCAGAAUAUCUCAUCAAGCUAAAAUCUAUCCUCAAUAAAUACACUUCCAGAGAAAUUCAUAACUACCUGAGCUGGAGAUUCAUAAUGGAUAUGGUAAACGUUCUAAGUCGUAACUACAGGGACACAAGGAAUGAUUUCCGUAAGGUGCUCUAUGGCACAAGCUCGGACCCUGCUACUUGGCGCCGUUGUGCAAACUAUGUCAAUGGCAAUCUGGAGGAUGCUGUGGGAAGGCUGUAUGUAGCAGAAACAUUUGCUGGAGACAGCAAACAUGUGGUGCAAGACAUGAUCACACAAAUCCGUGACAUUUUUAUAAAAAUUCUGGAUGAACUAAAUUGGAUGGAUGCAGAAACAAAAAAGAAAGCAGAAGAAAAGGCUGUAGCAAUCAAAGAAAGGAUCGGCUACCCUGAUGAGAUCAUGACAGAUACUAAUAAGCUGAAUCAGGAAUAUAAAGAUUUGCACUACAAAGAAGAAGAAUAUUUUGAGAACAUGAUUGAGAACUUGAAGUUUAGCCAGAAGGAAAGGCUUAAGAAGCUUAGAGAAAAAGUGAACAAGGAAGAGUGGAUAACUGGAGCAGCUGUUGUCAAUGCCUUUUAUUCACCAAGCAGGAAUCAAAUUGUCUUUCCUGCUGGCAUUUUGCAGCCACCAUUCUUCAGUGCAUCCCAGCCUAAAUCCUUGAAUUAUGGUGGCAUUGGCAUGGUCAUUGGGCAUGAAAUCACCCAUGGCUUUGAUGAUAAUGGUAGAAAUUUUAAUGAGAAUGGGGACCUUAUAGACUGGUGGAGUCAAGAAUCUGCAACAAAUUUUAAGAAACAGUCAGAGUGCAUGGUAUACCAGUAUGGAAACUUCACGUGGGACCUGGCUGGCGGACAACAUCUCAGUGGAAUCAAUACCCUUGGUGAAAACAUUGCUGAUAAUGGUGGCAUUCGACAGGCUUACAGGGCCUAUGAAAAGUUUGUGAAAGAGAACGGAGAAGAAAAACUGCUCCCUGGCCUUGACUUCAGCCAUAAGCAGCUCUUCUUUUUGAACUUUGCGCAGAUAUGGUGUGGGACAUACAGGCCAGAAUAUGCUGUCAACUCUAUUAAAACAGAUGUGCACAGCCCAGGCAAAUUCAGGGUUCUAGGGACCCUGCAGAACACUCCAGAGUUUUCUAAGGCCUUUAAAUGUACCAAUGCGAAAUACAUGGAUCCUGUGAAAAAGUGCCGUGUUUGGUGAUGGAGUUGUAAACAGUGGACCCCAAGGAGGAGAAGCUUUCCAGAAAUCUAGAAUGUUUUGAGGAUGGCUGGAGUGGAUUUUUAACAAAAGGAACAAUAACAGAGGCCUAUCAAGGGCACCAAAGCAAUGCAUUGACCACAAAAGAAGAAAAACUCACUAAGGCAGCAACUGCAAACAAUUACUCUUGACUAAACUUGGGUAAUGAUAAAUCACUGCAUACUUUCCAAUGUGUUAGGAUUUAAUUCUGUUUUCCAUUUAGUCUGCAGAUUUUAUUUCAUGUUUUAUCCUUUUCAUCACCACAUUUCCUUGAAAGCAAGCCCACCAGUUUCAGUGGAACUAUCUUUCAGGGCAGUGUGCUCAGCCUUAACGACCUGUUGUCCUGUGAAUGUGUUCUGGUAUUUAUAAUCAGAUGAAAGAAGGGAGUACCAAGUAAAGCAUUUGCUUGAACAUGAGACUUAGCAAUGAGUCAAGAGCUCACAUCAAAAGUGUUGGAUUCUCUAACUUCUCCUAUUCUGGCUCAAGUGCUUUACCAAAGGCUUGUUUCUCCUGAGGUGGGCUUAGGAACUGCAGAGCCUAGAGGAAAGAGAACCCUACAGCGACCCAAACAUUUGAUAUUUGUAAAUGCUCAAAACUCAAAGUACCAAAAGACCCACUUACAUCUUGACAUUCUCAUACAAUAACACCAAUGACUCUGGCUGUAGUGGUAGACAGCUUGUCACAUGUGGCUCCAAGGGGUAAGGAAUAUCUGUAUUUACAACAAAAGAUGUGCAAGAUCAACAGGAGAUGGAUGAGCGUUGCAAUGCAGAUGGGGAAGUGGAACCAGAUGUGUCAUGGCAAUGAGUACCUGCAAACGACUGCUUAUAGGUGCUGUUUCUUGAGAGACUGGGGUGGUUGCAAUUGGCACUGUCCUGUGUUCUGCUUUGUCCUACCAUUACUGGAAAAACCACCAAGCAGAACCUCUUCUUCCUCAUUGCUUCUCCUUUUUCCAUCUUAAUGGGAGGCAGGUACUGGUGCAAGGUGUUUCUGGCUUGUGCCUCCAUUACAUAUGGCAAGUGGGACACCUUUCCAUGCAAGCUAUAUGCACCCUGUGGACUCUGCUCCAAGGCUUCUUCUGUUUCUUUUCAUAUUUGUGAGUUUGAAGCCACCUCCAUGAGAACAACCCAAAGACAAAACUGUGCUCUACUUAAGGAAUUAACUAUUGACCAAAUUUAUUAUUUGCUGCUUUCCAGCCAAAACUAUACUGUAGAUAAUUUAUGAAAAAUUUUAACAUAUAUUGUAACGAAUGCAGUUGUAAUCAAAAGCUCCAUGUUUUUUCUAAGAUUUUCCUGCUUUUUUUAAAGAAGAAAAAAAAUUUGUAAUAAUAUAUGACCAUACUUUUUAUAUUUAAUUCUGGACAUAAAUUGUUUAUAUAUUAUUACAAUGGGUGCACAUCAUGAGAGUGUCUAGGUACAAACCAUUCAGCAGAUGAACCAUUCAGCAGAUCUCAACACAGACAGCUAUGCUAACAAGAUGUAAAUACUAAUUUUGAGAUGAACGUCUAGAGGCCAGUUCUACAAACACUAGGACUUCCACAUCUAGCAUCAGUGUUGUUCAUAAUUCCUUUGAACCAACAGGACCUUCUGUUUCAGUAAUAACAUUGCAUAUGUAGGCAUUUACAUAUCUGGACUCAUUAUUAGUAAAAAGUCUUUUAAAUCUGCUACAAUAGUUUUGAAAUGUUGUCCUGCAGAUGGCCAAGGAACACAUUGCUUCUGGCAUUGAAGCACGCCAAUCUUUCCAAAUAAAUUAAUACCAGUUACCUCAGAUGGCUUAAAUGGGUCUGUUUCUGGGCAUUUGAGAACUUCCGAUGUGCAUUUUACUUUUCAAAAUUUGUCAUCUGAUAAAGCCUUUUGAUAAUUAAAUUUAAGUCACAUGUUCCUUAUUGUCCAUCACUGUUGAAGUGUGUCUUUGCCUGGAGGUGGGAGGCAACACCAUUGAGUUGGAUAGCCAUGACUAUUGGAGUAUGAACUGUGUAUGGGAUCACUCAGCUUUCUUGUGGUGGAAGAAUUAUCAGAUUCAUUGUCAUAAAAUUCAGAAGCUGAAAUUCCACAUGCCAUCACAAAUAUCAUAAAUCUCCUCAAUGUGCAUUGAGUGAUAAUUUGGAAGAUUUCAGCUUCUGCCUGCAGUUAAGGUGUCUGGCGACCUGUUUCUAUGAUUGCCUUUUUCUUUCUUUUUUCAGGUUUCAGAGCAAUCCCAUUUUUGUCAAGUUGGCCUAUUGAUCUAGCACAUUAUACCUCUCUAGCAAUACUUAUUUGUGAGGUACAUCCUUAGACGUGAACUUUCCUAAUCUCCAAGGGGCUGUCUGAGAUUAUUUGAUCCUCAUGUUUGUGCACAGAAACCCUGUGAGAUCCAAGACAGAGGACCCAUCUUGCAGACCAGAACAGUCACUGGGGCCAAUGUGUACCAGUAAUCUGCUUUAGAAGGAGUGCAGUCCCAUCCAAAGAAGGUUGAAUACCACUUAUGAAUGGGCAGAUGAACCACCUAUUAACAAUACCUCUCUCUAGACUGGAUUGACUCCCAAUUUGAGUAGAGAUUGGAAACCAGGAACAUAUCUAAGAACACCCACCCCAAAGUUUCAGAUCAAAUCCUCACAAGUAAUUACAUUUCUAGCCAACUCUCUAGUUUAACACACUGAGUGGCUAUUUUUAUAAACAACUAAAUAGCUACUUCACCUCUGAUGAUUUUAUUGCUAUAGCAAUCAUGAGGUAAAACAUGUCCAUUACAUUCAUGGCGUUAUUCCAAUCCAAGGCAACGCAAGAGAUAGACAUUUUAUCUCUUGGAUUCAACUCGAUCCAAGUAUGCCUCCAGUAUUUGGUCAGUAUUUUGCAGGAGAGAUUCAAGGGCAUACUAGAAAAUUAGGUUUGCACAAUUAAAAGUGGAUGAACACACUGUGUCACCCUGGUGCAACAAAUCCACUUAAACACACAGACUUUUUGCGGUUGGGAAAAUAACGUGGAAAUGUCGUGAAAAAUGUGGGAUGAACAAAUUAUUAAUGGGAAGAUGUAUAAAUAUGAUGCAAACAAAUCAGGAUGAAAACUCAUUUUUGUAUAACCUCCCUAACAAAUCAGAAUGAAUGCUCAAUAAAGACCUGAUACAUUCUAACCUGUAUGGAAGCUUUGUGCAAGCAAAUCAGGAUGAGCACUGACCAAACAAGAUCUGGAAGAGCUCCUAGAUACUUUAGACUGGUGCUCACAUCAUCAUAGAUUUUUGACGGGGCCUGACAGCAUGUGACACCUCUGCUAUAAUAUCUGCACUGGCUGCCCACAUGCUACUCGGCCAGGUUCAGGGCUCUUGUGAUGAUAUACAAAGCCCUGAACAACUUGGGUUCAGGAUACCUUAAGGACUGCCUGAACUCUUACAUCCCAGUUCAGUUACUGAGAUCACCGAGAAGAGCACUGUUAGUUUUCCUCCUUGUCUCAGAAGUCCAACUAGCUUCAACUACAAGUUGGGCAUUAGUGUUGCUGGUUCCAUGCUAUGGAAUAUUCUUCCUGCAGAGGUUUCACAAUCAUCCUCGCUUUUGAUUUUCAGGUGUCUCUUGAAGAC